AUGGCCAACCAGCAAACUAACGGCAGGACAAAGGGACCCAAAGGUCUCGUCCUACAGACUCAACCGUUUAGGACAGCGAGCCAAAAGGUGAAAGAUGGUCAGCAGCCAUCAUGGUUUGGCGGUCCGACCAUCCGCCAAGCAAGCCCUCGAACCACCGAUGCCGUGAUACAAUCAUCUACUUGCAUUACCGAGCCGCGCUCAGGGAGUGUCAGCCCGUCCAUCAAUUUUUCCUACCCCCGAGCCAGAGCCUUCUCGCCUACACCAUCAGUCGAUGAUCACGCCCUCAUUUACGAUCCGAACUCGCGACGCAUGGUUUUGAAAAGCGAGCUGAUGGGUCAUCCACAAAGCCUUCGUCAGGUAUCCGAAAUUCCCAAGAAAAGGAAGAAGGCUACCACGUUUGACAGAACGGGGUCGCACCUAUCUAAAGGAAGUGUUGGAGGAAGGACCAAAACUACCGCUCCGGAGGACACUACGGAUAUCGCCCCGGCACCCGCCGUCGCGCAAGAACAGGUAUCAACUCCGACUCGGGCGCCUCUGACGCCGACUUCCCAAACCACGGUGGAUCAACAGAAAGACGGCUCUGCAAGCAACAAGAGAAAGAAGAAAAAGAAAAAGUCGGCGAAGGCAGACGUCGGGUACACUGGAAAGGAGAUCCAGGAGCACGGAGAUGACAAAGAUGGCGACAGCCUUGACAAGCCAUCUCUCGCCCCCAAUCCUCAUGUGAACGAUGAAAUCCAAGAAGAAAAAAAGGUUGAGGAGAAGAGAGAUGCGCAAGGCGACGCACAAUUACCUGCCGCCACUGCUGCCACUACGACGAUGCCCAUUCCAGGGCAGCCCAACCGUCAGGCUGACUCUCGGCCUCCCAACAGCAAAGCUGAGAAACAGGUCCGCCACAUUCGGGUUCACUCUGAAAGUCCGGCCCGCUCUGCCCAUUUUGCGGCUUCCUCUGGCGACCAGCUGGCCGUUAAGCACGAACCACCGCCCCGCUCAGUGUCGCCUCGCAAGUCUGCCUUGAAACUGUCCGCUCAAGCCAGGGGUGUGUCACCUUCUGAUUCUAGCUCGGAAGCAUCUGGUAACAGAAACUUGAGCCAUGAUAUCGAGGAGGCUACUCCUACUCGGAAGAAGAGCGUGCGGGUGAGCUGGGAUGACAGAAGCACAGUUUUCGUCGGCGAAACGGGACAGUCUCUAGAAGCCGAUUCGCCCCUGAUUCCGAGCCCACAGACUAAGAAGCCAUGGCACAGUGUUGUGUCGAGGCUGAGCAAAAAAGACGGCAUCGUACUGGCAGAGGACGAAACAAUGACACCACGACCGGCACUCCCUCAGUUCGGCAGCGUUCGCGAAAAGAAAGCCAAGGAACCAGAGGAGCGACCCUUGGUUCGUCCCUCAGAGCGCGCCUUUGCCCUGGAUCACGGCUUUGCCAAUAGUAGAGUAGGUCACUCCACGGACGCCGGGGUCGGAAACGCCAUGACGCAGGACCUAGCCUCGAAAAAUGUUGCCAAUAUGUCGAAGUACCGGGAGCCCCUCCCAGCCGCGUUGCCCAGUAUUGGAAAUGUGCCGGGCCAAGGUGGCGUUUCCGAGAGCUCAGAUGAGGAUUUUGAUUCUGACAUGUCAUCCGAGCCUGAUGACGAUCCCGAUGUAACCGUGUCGACGAGGUCCGAGCUGUCGAUGACUAUUGAGCCAAGUACACCAACAAAGCCUGCCGCAAGAGAUGGCAAAGUCCAGGAAAACGUACCUAUUAUUUCGGUUUCACCAUCGAGUCCGUGUACGAAUGAAUCUCCAAAAGCUGCCCCGCCGGGCAGUUUCCCGGAUGAUCGGGAAACGACGGUGGACCCGAUCGACGAAUCUGGCGGUUCUGGAGCGUCAACUUCCUUAAGAAGCCAUGAACCUUGCAUUGUUGGCACUGGCAUGGCAGAUAUUGUGGAGGAGGAUGAAGAGACCGAAAACGACCGGUUCAGCGAUGCUUAUGAAGAUUUCGACGAAGUUGAUGGCGAUGGGUUUCUGUCUUUGGAUGCCAUAGUAGAUGGUCCCGCUCUCGUCAAGGAGGUCAAAAAGAAGAGUCAAGGCUCACCCACCACGACUGAGCCUGCAAAAGUCAUUGAGCGGCAAGCCGAAUCUGUCGGCGCGGGAAAGGAACCGGCUGAUGCAGCACCACCGGACGAUUGGGAGAAUGCCAAGGCGUAUUGGAAGAGCUUGUCGGUGGAAAAACGCAGGCAGCUGGAAGUCGAGGCCUUGUCAGAAACUGGUGAAGACGCUUGUGCGUCAAAAUUGCCCGCCAAAAACGAAACCUCGACCGCACACAAUCUGAGCAUAGAGCCAGGGACGGAACGGCCGCCUCAAGAGGCAAACCAUGUCAAUGUCGAUGAACUGGAUGAUCAUCGACAAGUUUCAGUCGCUGCGACGCCGCCUCGGGCGGCAGACCCCGGCAAGGUGAAGCUGCGCCAGUCCAUGCGAAGCGAUGCUCCGACACCUACGCGAGACAGGAGCCUCGAGAGUUCAGGAGGCAUGAGAAAGUCGAUGAGAAACGGACAUGAUUCUGGUAAAGACGGAAGUUUGAGGCCUCGCCAUGCAGAAACCCCCGCAGUUCCUCUCGCCACUCCCAAGACAUUUAGAAAUGGUCAGUUGAAUGGCGGUAGUCUCGGGCCGAAGGUGCGGUCUGGACGUUCUGCCUCCCAUCACCAACCUGCGGUCUCUGGUCUCAUCAAGGACGACAAGCGCAACAUGUCUUCCAACGAUUUGUCAACAGGUCAUGUCAUGGUGCCUCAGCUUGGACGGCGUGGAUCGGACGGCAGCGACAGCAGCUUCAAGCGCAAGCGGCCAGCCUCGAGUUCGGGUGAUGGCCACCACCAUGUCCGCAUGUCCAUGCGGUCAAGCAUGCGCGAGCCGUUGCCAACACCCGAUCGCGCCAAAAGAUUCAGCUUGCGCUCGCUCUCUCCGGCGGCUUCUUUCAGAAGGAACUCGUUCUCGUCAUUGCCCCCGGAGGCCACAUCAGUGCUGGGAGGCGGUUCCGGUCGCAUGCGCCAAUCGCUGAGAGAAAGGCCGGCGUCUAGCAGCUCUCGACUCAAGAUGAGCGGCUUCAGAAAAGCAGCAGGCCUCGGCAAGAAGCCCCAGUCUGGUGUCAGCCGGUUCGCCGAUUCCAGCGACGACGACGAUGAGGCCAGUGGUGGUCCGUCGCUAUUUAGAAGUCGGUUCGCCGACUCGAGCGACGAGGACGAGCCACAGCCCUUGCCGAAAAGCAAGGGUUUGCCCAAAUCUCUCCGUAACGGAAACAGGAUGACUUUAGACCGGCCGGCCGGCAACGUGGCAGCACCGGAACUGGCGCAAAUCGAGGAAGCCGUGACGCAACCCAAGCGCGGGUCUGCAAUGGGCGACGAGUCUUUGCUCCGCCGAACCAGGUCUGGUCGAGGGACUCUGGCGCCUCUGCCCCAGAAUGCCAGGCCGCAGCACACGUCUCGUCGGGGCAGCUUCAUGUCAAUCCUGCGUCGCAAGAAGGACACGUCGGACAAGGUAUCGAAGGACUGGGGCGAGAGUGCUGCUCGCAAAGACACCAAUCUGGAACGGAGUGCAGAAGAGCUACGCGAGCUACGCAGCCACUCGCCCCAGAAGCGCGGUCCUAGCUGGCCUCUUGCAGACGGGAAAGGCACCGCCGACGGGGAGGAUGGCAGAAGCCAGGAAGAAGAAGCAACGGCUGGAGCGCCAAGUUCAGGCGGGGCAACAGCGACGGCGACAGCAACAGCGACAGCGGCAAGCAAGAUGAGCACCUUUUUGCACCGCCGCAGCGCGUCGCAGGGCGCCGGCGCGCUCGGCCCGGGCCACCCGGACGAGGACGCACACGAGCCGGAGCCGCCCACUCCCGAUGAAUCCCUGGCUCCGGCCGACGCGCAAGGGCCUCAGGAACCGUACGCGGCGAAGAAGAGGAAGAAGUUUGGUGCUCUGCGCAAGAUGUUUGGCAUCCACGACUAG